GGGACUGCCAAAGUUUCGCUUUUGAUGAUUGGCCAUCAGGCUAUAAUGGAUGCAUAUAUAUGUCUUCUGCAUCUUACAGCUGGAAUUUUAGUUGAUUCCCUAUUUAAUGCUUUUGCUGGUGCCACAUUUUUCAAGUUUGUGGUCUUCUCAAUAUAUGAGAUGCGUUUGCUUCUCAAUAUAUGGAAGGCAAAUAGACCUCCGAAUGGAGAAAAUUGGGACACUAUGAGGCGCGAGCUUUCAGCCCUUUACAGUCAUGCUAUCCUUUUAGGUGGCAUUUUCAUAAUGUACGAGUUUCAUAAGUUCUUCCGGUUUAUUCUCUUCCUUAUCCACUCGUUUUGGAUCCCGCAAAUCUGCAUUAAUGUGGCUCGUAACUCGAGGAAAGCUUUGCACCCUUAUUAUAUCCUUGGGAUAACGAUCACCCGCGCUGCUAUCCCGUUGUAUGUGUACGGGUGCCCGCAUAAUUUCAUGCGGAUCGAGCCUGAUCGUAAUUGGUGUAUUUUUUUCGCUCUUUUCAUGGGACUCCAAGUCUUUAUUCUUCUACUUCAGCACUAUUUUGGAGCUCGCUGUUUCAUUCCUCGCCGGGUUUGUUUUACUCGCUAA